UCAAUUUGGUGGAAUUAGUAAUAGAAGAAAUGACUGGUUUGAAAAUGUUGUGCAACGGUCAGUUUCCAAAGGGAUUUCUACAAAAACUAGAGAAGUUGGAAGCAACGAAUUGCAUGGAAAUGGUCUCUUUAUCUCCCGCGCUACAAGAUCUAAAGGAAGUGAAAGUUAUUAAUUGUGGCCAGUUGCAAGAAGUAUUUCAAAUAGAUGAGCUUCUUCAUGAUGCAGAAGAACCGCUGCUGUCAAAUUUAGCACUUAUGGAGCUACACUUAUUACCAGAAUUGAAGUGGAUAUGGAAAGGGUCCACCCAUUUUGUUCGCCUCCAAAGCCUGAAGUAUUUAGCAAUUAGUUUUUGCAACAGCUUGAAAUAUCUCUUCUCACCAUCCCUUGCUCAAAGCUUGGUGCUUCUUGAACAUCUCAAUAUAUAUCACUGCUAUGGACUGCAGCACAUUAUCAACGAGUUGGACUGUGAUGAUGGAAUCGAACCAAACGCCCAUCUCCAUUCUCCAUUCUUGCCAAAAUUGGAAACUCUAACCAUAAGUAAUUGUCCAAAACUGGAAUAUGUUUUUCAAAUUUCUUUGGCUCAAGUUCCUCCACGAUUGAAAUUCGUUUCGAUAAGCGAUUCUCCUCAAUUGCAACAAGUCUUCAAUGUGGCAAAAGAAAAGCAUGGAGUUGAUCGUGCCAUUGCACUCCCUUGCCUACAACAGCUACAACUCGGAAACUUGAUAAACUUGAGUUGCUUUUUCUCAGAAAAUUUUCUCAUCACAUCGCCAUCCCUGGAGAAUUUAGUAUUUUGGGACUGUCCUAAAUUGACAAAUUUCACCAUUCAAAAAGAAGUUAACGAGCAAGCUCAACUAAAGGACCUUGGAUUGCAUGCCAUGAAGGAUUUAUUAUACAAUGCCAAAAGUCUUACGCUGAAAGGAGUCAUGUAUCAGAAAAAUCUGGUUCCAAGUGUGGAUCCAAAGGGACUGAAUGAAUUAACUUUUCUUCUAAUUAAAGAUGGCAAGGAGCUGGAAUGCUUGAUUGAUACAACACAAGGCCAUGUCUCAACCAAUACAUUCUUCAAUUUGGUGGAAUUAGUCAUAGAAGAAAUGACUGGUUUGAAAAUGUUGUGCAACGGUCUGAUUCCAAAGGGAUUUCUACAAAAACUAGAGAAGUUGGAAGCAACGAAUUGCAUGGAAAUGGUCUCUUUAUCUCCUAUGCUACAAAAUCUAAAGGAAGUGAAAGUUAUUAAUUGUGGCCAAUUGCAAGAAGUAUUUCAGACAGAUGAGAUUCUACAUGAUACAAAAGAAAAUCAAGGACCACUGCUGUCAAAUUUAGCACUCAUGGAGUUGCACUCAUUACCAGAAUUGAAGUUGAUAUGGAAAGGGUCCACCCAUUUUGUCAGCCUCCAAAGCUUGAUGUUUGUAGAAAUUAGUUAUUGCAAUAGAUUGAAAUAUCUCUUCUCACCAUUCCUUGCUCAAAGCUUGGUGCUCCUUGAACAACUCAAGAUAGAUCAUUGCAAUGGACUCCAACACAUUAUCACUGAGUUGGAAUUUGAUGAUGAAAUAGAAUCAGAAGACCAUCCCUAUUCUCCGCUCUUGCCAAAAUUGGAAACUCUUACCAUAAGUGAUUGUCCAAAAUUGGAAUAUGUUUUUCAAACUCCAUUGGCUCAAGUUCUUCCACGGUUGAAAUUCGUUUGGAUAAGCAAUUCUCCUCAGUUACAACAACUGUUCAAUGUGACAAAAGAAGAGAAUGGAGUUGGUCGUGCCAUUGUGCUCCCUUGCCUACAAGAUCUCCGGCUUGGAAACUUGAUAAAUUUGAGUUGCUUUUGCUCGAAAAAUUUUCUCAUUGCAGCGCCUUCCUUGGAGAAGUUGGUAGUUUUCAAUUGUCUUAAAUUGUCAAAUUUCACCAUUCAAAAAGAAGUUAACCAGCAGGCUCAACUAAAGGAAUUAUACCUCUCUGACUUGGGAAAUGACAAGGGGUGCAACACAAUUAAUUCUCAAUCAAGAUGGAGUUUAGUAAAUUUGGAAUAUAUAACUGUUGGAAAUUGUGUGAAGAUAUUUCAAAUGCAAGCUGGACAAUUCUUCUCAAGGGUAGAGAAUAUACAGCUAGAGCAUUUACAUCAGUUGCAGGGUCCCAUCCAAGUUGCAAGCCUUCAAUGUCUUAGAUGGUUACAUGUGUCAAAGUGUAAUAGGUUGAAAUACCUCCUCUCUCCUAUGCUUGUUCGAAAUUUGCCUCAUUUGACCCAUUUGGAGAUAAAUCAUUGUGAGGAAUUGGAACAAAUCAUUGAAAUGGAUCAAACUUCAGCAUCAUCAUCACAGGCUCAUCUCCAACCUAUAUCCUUCCCCAGUCUUGAAAUUAUAAGAAUUUAUAAGUGCAGCAACUUGAAAAGCUUAUUUCCUCUUAGUAUCACCUGUUCUCCUUCAAAAGUCAAGAUCAUCUCAAUUGAUGGGGCCUCUAAACUUGAGCGAGUCUUUAACUUAGACGUUGAAGAUGAUCAGAAGGGAAUAGUGCUCCCUAACUUGCAAGGACUGCUUCUUAAAGAGCUGCCAAGCCUCAAGAGUUUGUCUCAGGGUUACCAUUUUCGAUUCCCCUGUAUGCAUUAUGCUGAAGUAAAAGAAUGCCCCAAGUUGAGUACAAGCUUCAGCAUUGAUUCAAAACGUGUUGUGCAUGCCAUAACAGAGGCACCCGAACAAGUUGAGAAUGAUAGAAGGGAGGGUUUGAUCACUAAGGAAGAAAUAGUUGAUAAUCAGGCCGCCUGCAACGAUGUAUUUUGGCUUUGUGGAUAUCAGGAAGAGACACUACCUCUAUAUUGAACGUGGACGAAGCAGAGGAUAACUAACCCAGGUUCUUUGCUUCAAUGAUACAGGUGGUUGGUACUUGAUUGUGCUUAACAACAUUUGAGCUGUCUACUUUAUGGCACCGUCUCUGCUUUCAGCUUUAUUUUGCAGUGGUGAAGAACUAGUUUACUCUACGACUCUUAUUGCAUUUGCUUGUUUGGUACAUGUUCUUAACUUUUGAGUGAAAUUCUAGUAUUCCAAGAGUACAUGGUUUUCUCUGUGAUUAGUUGAUUUGCAGCUGGCUGAUCUUUGCUUCUCUUUUACGAUGUUAAACUCUUUUUUGUACGGUAAUGUUAGUCACCUGUAACUACUUGUAUGAAUGAGUAGUACAUAGUUAUGUUUACUUGCA